AUGAACACCUCAACCUUCGACGCGUUCAUCACCCAUGAACAGUCUCACAUCACGCCCCCGGCCAAGGUCGCCGGUGCCGGCGGCGGGGGCGCGUCUCUCCUCCACGUCGAUUCUCACCGGAGCCGACCGGAGUCAAUCCACAUGCACCAGCUCCCGAAGCACACCCCCACCUCGCACCCCGCAGCCCUCGAGUCCAACCGCACCUCGGAGCACGAAGCUUUCGCCCGCGACGAGGCCGGUGCCGAGUCCGCCGAGCCCGCGCAGAGCGUGCUGUCCCCAUGCCUCAUGAACAUGGGCAACGGCAUCAACGACGGCGCGCCGGGUGCUCUCAUCCCCUACAUGGAGAAAUACUACAACAUAGGCUACGCCGUCGUCUCCCUCAUCUUCGUCGGCAACGCCCUCGGCUUCAUCACCGCCGCCUUCUUCGUCGACGCCCUGCGCGCCCGCCUCUCCCGCGCCCACCUCAUGAUCGCCGCCCAGACCUGCCUCCUCGCCGCCUACAUCCCCCUCGUCACCGGCGCCCCCUUCCCCGUCAUCGUCCUCUCCUUCUUCCUCCUCGGCUUCGGCAUGGCCACCAACCUCACCCUCAACACCCUCUUCUGCGGCUCCCUCCGCAACGGCACCACCGCCCUCGGCGCCCUCCACGGCGCCUACGGCCUCGGCGGCACCGUCGGCCCCGUCCUCGCCACCGCCAUGGUCUCCUCCAUCGGCUGGCACCUCUGGUUCCGCUUCUACCUCAUCCCCAUGUCCCUCGCGGCCUUCAGCCUGCUCUUCUCCGCGUGGUCCUUCGCCAGCUACGAGACCGACAACCCGGAGGGCGAGCAGCAGCACCCGCACGACGCCCAGCAGCAGAGCGUCAAGGCGCGGUUGGCAAGCAUGUUCCACGCCCUCCGCGCACGCCUCGUCUUCCUCGGCGCCCUCUUCGUCUUCGCCUACCAGGGCGCCGAGGUCUCCAUCUCAGGCUGGGUCAUCUCCUUCCUCGUCGACGUGCGCGACGUCGCGAACCCGCAGGCCGUCGGCUACGUCACGGCGGGCUUCUGGGCCGGCAUCACCGUCGGCCGCUUCCUCCUCUCGGGCCUCGGCCAGAAGGUCGGCGAGAAGCGCUUCGUCUACGUCAUGACGCUUGGCGCGGCGUGCUUCCAGCUGCUCGUGUGGUUCGUGCCGAAUAUUGUGGGUAAUGCUGUGAGUCUUGCCAUCGUGGGAUUGCUGCUGGGCCCGAUCUAUCCCUGCGCGGCGACGGUGUUUUUGAGGGGCAUGCCGAGCAGGAGUCGGACGAGCGGGAUUGCGAUUAUCACGGCGUUUGGGAGUAGUGGUGGCGCGCUGGCGCCGUUUACGACGGGUAUGAUUGCGCAGGCGAGCGGGACGUGGGUGUUGCAUCCGAUUGCGCUGGCGCUGUUCGCGGCUAUGGUUGGGUGUUGGUUUUUCCUGUCUUCGAGGUCCAAGAGGGAGGAUUAA